AUGCCUCCCUCUCACUACUCCUCCAGCUCCUCGGCGUCUAGCCGCUCGAGCCAUAGCAGCAGCAGCUCACGCUCCUCGGCCCCGUCACGUUCUUCCCGUGAAGAAAUCCGCUCCACCAAAGUGGCACUGCCUCGGAACCGUAAGGCCUUCUCUUGCAUCGUCUGGUUUGCCGGCGGCAACCCGGGCCUCGUCAAGCACAUCCGGCGCGAUGACUUUACAUACACUGUCGAAUCCAGCCGCGACAGCCGUGGCCGCCGCAACAGUGACGGCGCCGCUACAAUCUCGGAGCGCACAAAGUCCCGGUGGCACUUUGUCAAGGUUACAGAUCGUGAUUAUGACGACGACGACGACUAUUCAUCACAGAGAAGCCUCCGGCCGCGUGGAGGCCCAAUGCCAUUCCGCGGUGCCGGUAGGCCUCCUGGGGGCCAAUCCCGUCGACCAGGCGGCGCUUCUGAGUUUGGCGGUCCGCCGGCUUGGGUAGGUAGGCCAGGCGGUCCUGGUGGUGCUGCCGGUCCAGGCAUGCCGGCGGCUCCCGGUGGUGGUCCGCCGAUACCUCGUAUGCCGAACGGGGUGCCUAUGCCCAUGAACGUGCCCGGUGGCCCGCAGCGGUUCCCGCCUGGCGGGCCACCCGGGGGACCGGCUUUCCGUGGGCCUAUGCCUGGACCUGGCGUCCCACGCCCCGGAAUGCGUCCAGGUGGACCAGGUGUUCCUGGUGGCCCCGGCGGCCCUGGUGUGAGGCCGAAUAUUGUGGAUGUAUGA